UUGAAUUUAACUCAAGGCACUGCCGUCACAUGUUGCUAUAUGAGAUAUGAUGGAGUUUCCCCUUCCUUCCAAGAAGGUGUUUAAAUCCACUAUAUAGUCGAUAAGCAUUUCAGUCUUCUUCACAAAGAGCAUCUGCUCUCUUCAGCCUCAAAAUAAUCAUCCACUGCAUCUGUCACCAUGAGGACCCUGGCUGCUCUUCUGGCUCUGGUGCUGGUCAUCUCAGUUAGUGCUCAGUAUGGCGUUACUACUGUCCGCUGCUGUGUAAAACAUUACCCUGGGCCGAUACCAGUAGGCAGGGUGGUGUCUUACUUCACAACCAGCAGUAGAUGUGCCCUGAAAUCACGUGUGUUUAAAACAAUACUACAUAAGGAGUUCUGUGUGAACUCUAACCUGGGCUGGGUAAAUAACAUUGUCACCAAGUUGGACAAAAAGACAGGACCUUCUACAGUCUCCCAUCGGUGAAUGAAUCAUCAUCAGCUUUGGUCGUCUUGGGAGAAGUCCCUCCGAAACUAACCAGCGUUGACAGUGAAUUUUUAUCCAGCUGACUUAAGCUACUUCGAUCUUUGGCCAUAUUCCAGCAGAACAGAUACUGUAUCUCAAUGGGACCGUCCUAAAUAGAGGAUACAAACAGAUAAACAAAUGCUGCUGUUCCCAUAUAAUCAUUGUUGUGUAGUUUGAAAAUGA